GGUUUAAGAUCCGACAUGACCGACACGAAGCCUCCCACAAACGGCUCGAAACGCGGCGCUGAUUUGACUUUCACUUUCGAUCAUAACCUCACUGGGUCAGUUUUACCUGGUUAUAAGCGAAGGCUGAAUUCUCAUUGGCUGAAGAUGAAGAUGACGUCAGCUCGUCUCUCUUCUCCCUUCAUUUCAGCCUUGACUUUCCGAGUGGAAGCAGCUCGUCUGAGUCUGUCGGCAAAGAAAACACAUCGAACGGAUAUCAAAAUGAACACCUGGAUCUUCGUGGUCCUGCUGGGAUCAGGUCUACAGGGCGCGGCGGCAGUGACUCACUCUCUGAAGUAUUUCUACACUGCGUCCUCUGGACUCCCAAACUUCCCAGAGUUUGUGACUGUUGGGUUGGUUGAUGAUGUUGAGAUAAGUCACUAUGACAGCAACACCAGGAGAGAAGAACCCAAACAGGACUGGAUGAAGAAAGUCACAGAAGAUGAUCCACAGUACCUGGACAGACAGACUGAGAUCUCUGUUGGUCAACAGCAGGCCUUCAAAGCCAACAUCGAAACUGCAAAGCAGCGCUUCAACCAAACUGGAGGUGUCCACAUUUUCCAGCAGAUGUACGGCUGUGAGUGGGAUGAGAAGACCAAUGAGGUCAAUGUGUUUCGUCAGUUUGGUUAUGAUGGAGAAGACUUCAUAACAUUUGACCUGCAGACGCUGACUUUCAUCGCUCCUAAACCACAAGCUGUCAUCACCAAACACAAGUGGGAUAACGACAAAGCAUUUUUAGAUUAUCUGAAGCAGUACUACACCCAGGAGUGUCCUGAGUGGCUGAAGAAGUAUGUGGACUAUGGGAGGAGCUCUCUGCUGAGAACAGAGCGUCCCUCAGUGUCUCUCCUCCAGAAGACUCCCUCCUCUCCAGUCAGCUGCCACGCUACAGGUUUCUACCCUGAGAGAGCCACACUCAGCUGGAGGAAAGACGGAGAGGAGCUUCAUGAGGACGUGGAGCUCGGAGAGAUCCUCCCCAACCACGAUGGAACCUUCCAGAUGAGUGCUGAGCUGAAGCUUUCAUCAGUCACACCUGAAGACUGGAGCAGGUACACCUGUGUGUUUCAGCUCUCAGGUGUGGAGGACAUCAUCAAGAACCUGGACAAAGCAGACAUCAGGACCAAUGAAGAGAAGAACAUGACUGUCAUCAUCGCGGUUGUUGUGGUGGUUCUCGCUCUCGUCCUCAUCGCUGCUGCUGUUGUUGUAUUCGUGGUUCGCAAAAAGAAGGAAGCCAAAUGUCCUCCAUCUGACAACAGCUCUGAGCUCUCUGAGAAACUGAAUCCUCAGCCCUGAAUAACAAACACAGCAGCUGAACACAGUUUACGGAUAAAAUUUGCACUGGAUCAGCGAACGUCACCACAACAUCCUCAUCCGUAAACUGGAAAUUCACUGUUCAGCCAUCAUCAUACCUGAUCGAACCAAUCAGGGCUCAGAGUCUUGUAGUCGAUGCUUAUGGAUUAGAGAAAACAAAUUUGAAAAAUGAGUUGACAGACAUUAUCACACAUAAGUGGUGACAUUAAAUUAUUCUGAUAAGUUGAAACGUCACUCAAUCUAAUGAGGAUCAAUCAGAUUUUGUUUGUACCCACAGAGAAGUAAAACACGACGUUCAGCACAGUGAAAGCAUCACAGCAUCACAGCUCUCUUCAUACAGAAGUGAUUCAAGGAUUUGUGUGUUCAUCUAUAAAGAAAUCUGUCUUAGAUUAAAGCUUCAGGUGUUGGGUUUAAAUAAAUUAAUUAUGAUUCUACAAAUGUAAAUACACGCACACACAUCAUUUAAUCUCUUGAAAAAGUACAUCAUGAUAAACAUAACAUGAAAUCACAUCAACAGUUUGCUUGUAUGUUUCUUUAAAAGUGAUUCAAUUCAGGCUGAAGCAAAUAACUUAUAUUUCUGAGGUAUUUCUGAAUUAAUCAGCGUGUUGUUUUUUUGUUUGUUUUAUAUCUAUUUUAUGAUCAUUUUAAUUUUAGUUGAUAGAAAAUAUUUUCUUCUGUUUGAGAUGUUUCUUCGUACCUUUUAAAGAUGAGAAGAAGUCAAAUUUUAAUGCACAAAACUGUUUCUUGUGUUGGUGGAUGAUAAUCAAAGAGUUGCAUUGCUGUUUCAUUCGUUUUUUACUGUCAUUUUGCUUUUCAAUAAAUUCCCCAAUACUCCAAA